CCGCCCUUGCCUGCAGCGGCGCUGAGGUCUGUUGCUUAGUAGACUGAUGAGGCUCAAGAGCUCUACACUGUAGACUGUAGAUUACAGUGGUGAGCUUUUAGGUACAGUGAAUUCGUGAGUGUUUGUGGGGCAGGAUUCUAGAAAGCCUCAGGCAAGCAUGGCUGCCUCCAAGCUCCGCGUUUGCCAGCUCUGCGCCCGCAAGGGCCUGCGGGGCUGUGGCAAGGGAUGCCUAGGAAAAUGGCGGGCUUUUGAUUAACGUGUCUGCUUUAGAGGUGCUUUUGCUUGCGAAGGGCGCAUAUUGGAAGUGAGAGCGGGCAGGGGAGGAAGAUAGGUAUUGUUGAACGUCGCUAACAGUGUUGGCAAAUGAAGGCAUCUAAGAUCCAAAGCGAUGGGGUCGCUUGACCCUGGUGCUUGCCAGAGCGCGAGAGCUAGAUUGGAAAAGAAUACCCGAGAUUUUGGAGCUGACUCUGACCUGCACUCCUGGUGGGGAGACUGUCUAUUUCAUGUGCCCGUGCAUAGGGUCAGUCUGAAUGUUGAGUUUCAACUUCAGGCGCGUCUUUGUGGAGCGCAUCUUUAAAACAUCAUGAAGGAUCAAUGCAAUAAAUUCACGAAGCUGGUUUACCUAAGCUAAGAUGUCAAGUCAAGUCCUGAAGAGCUUUUCUUUGGUCACCUGAGGCUUGGCCGCGGAGCAUUUCCAAAGAAGUCUGAUAGGCGGGAGGCAAACACAAUUGUUCCAACUCAGAGUGUUGGCGGCUCAUCAAAUGCAUUUGCUGAUGACAGCAGGAGCAGUGACGCAGGGCAAUUUGGUUUGACAGCAGGUAUACGUGCAUUUGUCAAUCCUAGCGAGCGAACUAAGGAGGCAGAAUCGAAUCUAGAGGAGAUACGCUCGAACUGUGCGAGGGGCAUGGAGAAGAAUCAGGACGGCGAGUUUGAGACUGAGCCUGCCUCCGAAGGACAGGCUCCCCUAGCAACCCUCAAUGUAGCAGACUACCUUCCAAAUUUUAAGCCUGCAAAGAGCGAGCUGCUGCAACGCUGGUUUAGAGGUGGGGCCCUUUCAGUCAAAGGAGAAGAGCAGGAGCAGAUGAAGGACAAGCUACUAGCAUUUGUCCAAGGAGACGACAGGAGGGGUGAGGUACACUCGUCAAAAGAUGAUUCUUUACAAGGAAAUGGUUCACUCAACGUUGAGUGCGAGGCACAGGGCGAGCAAGGGGACAGACCGGGAUGCAAGGAAGAGAUGGAUGGGGAGAGGUCUUCCAGGGCUCCUCCAUGGACAAAGGAGGAGGACGAGAAGCUGAGCAGCCUGGUGCAAGUCCAUGGUACCAAGACCUGGGCUUUCAUAUCCAAACAGUUCAGCAACAGGAAUGGCAAGCAGUGCCGCGAACGGUGGCAUAAUCACCUGAGUCCUGGCCUCAAGAAGGUAGACUGGACGCCUGAGGAAGAGCAGAAGCUCAUUCAAUUGCAUCUGCAAUUUGGGAAUCGAUGGGUUGAAAUUGCAAAGCACCUCCCAGGACGCAGUGAUAACGCUAUCAAGAAUCACUGGAACAGCACGGCUCGUCGUAAAGACGAGAAAUCAGCCAAGGCCACCAAGAGUGACAUCCUGAGGAACUACAUAUCUGCUUUGAGGGAUCCAGCCAGUGCUGCUAUGCUCACGGAACCUGCAGCGGAGGCUCCUUCAGCAAACUGCCUUCACUGGACCACGCUCCAACUGGACUCCUCUGACUCUAACCCCACCCGCGGCAUCACAACCCUUCGCAGUCAGAGCACACAGCCUGGCAGCCCUAGCAGCCCCCUGGAGUUGAAUGCCACCCUCAGUCUGGCCCCUGCUGGCAUGAUUGGGGGCCUGCAGGACACCCCCUGCAGGUCUGCUGUCGCAGGAGCGCUCUCUGUACUCCCUGCUGACUUCAUGGGACUUAAAGGGUCCCUUCUAAAUGAUGUCAGCGGCUUGCAGAGUUUGGCUGGGCUGGAGACCGGCAGCGCCCUCGAGAAGCUGCUGGCAAUGCAGCAGUUGCAGCAGUGGCAGGAGCACCAACGGCUCAAGCAGCAGCUAGAGCACCAGCAGCAGCAGGAUGCGCUCCUGCGCCAGCUCUAUGGCGCACUGCAGGAGGCGCAGCAUGCUCAGCAGAAGGCAGCGGAGCAGGCUCAGCAGGCGCAGCUGCUACAGCGCUUCCAGGAGAUGCAAGCGCAGCAGAAGCAGGCCGAGGCGCUUGACGGAGGCUGCCUCUCGCUCAACCUGGCGCAGACCAACGACCUCUCGCUCCCCCUGCCGCAAUCUGACGCGCACAAUAACCUGGAAGAGUCGUGGAAUACCGACAACGACCCCCUGCAGCUCCUCCUCGGCACCGAUUCCUCCCCCCCCAUGUGGAACAGCCGCCAGCCUGAGCCCCCCCUCUCAACGGUUGAGUCCGCCCCGGCGUUUGACUCCCUCUCCUAUGACCCCCCCGCUGCUGCGCACACGGAUCUCCUCUCCACUUUCAACUUCGAUCUGCUCAGCCCCCCGUCCAAUCCCACCUCAGGGCUUGAGCUCAGCACGCCAGCCCUCGAUCCCCAGUUGCAGAUCGGGGCGAACUCCAAUUCUUCCCCCCUACAGCCCGAGGCACAACACGAUUUCGCCUCGGUGCUCCUGCAGAACCCGUCCCCUCCCCCUCAGUUAUACUCCCAGGGACUGGGCGAGCUAGGGGAGGUGUUUCCGACCCCUGCGGCCGGGCAGAAGCGCGCCCGGGAGGAGUGGUCGGGGGAUUUGGCGCAGCCGGUGGUCAAGGCGGGGCCGCGCGGUCCGAUCCAGUGGCCGAAGGACGACGGCACCAACUUGCAGUCACGCUAUGCCCCGGGCAAGGAGGGCACGGGGCUGGAGGGCAUUCCGGGCGAGAGGAAAACGGGAGGCGUUGGAGGAAUGUACAAGAAGGGCAACUGUAUUGUGUUGACUGGGUUCAUUGGCCCCGGGCCGCUGGGACCCCCGGGGAUGACGGCCAAGAAGCCGGCGGGCGUGGCGCGGCCGGCGGGCAACUUGGCGGUGCCAGCAUGAUGCGAAGGCAGGCGGUCUUUAUUGUGCUUUACGCGGGUUGUACUAGAGAGCAAGGUGUCUCUGCAGUAUUGUGUGUGUGCGUUUCCGUUUGUAGUGUAAUGCGCAGGGCGGGUUAGCGAGGAGGUAUACAAAUUGGUCUUGUAGGAGUGUUUGAGGGUGGUGAGAGUAAUUUCGACUCGAAAGGGAAUAAUGUCUGGUGGGGCUUUGGUCAAUGGAUUUCUGAGUUAUUGUUAGGUCUUCUUAGGAGAGACACGAAAGACACAACCAGCCCGUCUAGUUUGCAUGCAAUUGUUAGGUUUGGAUGAAGUGGAGGGACGCGAGGCCACAACAAUAUGAGUGUGGUUCAAGGACAGAACGUACAACUCAACAGUGACUUGUAAGUCUAGUAGGGAGUGGAUGAUAAAGCCUGUUAUACGUAUCCACCUCUGAACGCUGGCUUUGGAUAGGAUCAUUGCCACAUUAGUAAUCUAGUAUCCAUUAGGGACUCUCUCUCUAUUGGGACUCGAGAUUCUUGGAACAUCACUGUGACUAGUGCGGUCGAUGCAUGGGGAGAUAGCUUUCAACUGUUGGGGGUACCUACAACGAGCUUAGCAUAUGAUGCUAGAAAUAGCUGCUGUGUAGUGCAACAACCCAGGCCUUAAUAGCUAUUGUUAGCACCCAGGCUCGAUAUCCGAUUAUUAUUUGUCUAGUGAUCAUUAGGCCGGGACACGUUUGGAAAUCUGUUAGACUCGUUGAAUUCGACUUUGUCGAUCUGGUCAACCAGACAAUGUCUAGGAUAUCAGAUGUCGUUCUGGGCAUCCAUGCUCUGUUUGCAAUUUGUGCGAUG